GACGCCCUGGCCAAGGGGCUCUACGCCCGCGUCUUCGACUUCCUCGUGGAGUCUGUCAACCGGGCGAUGCAGAAGCCGUAUGAGGAGUACAGCAUCGGGGUGCUGGACAUCUACGGCUUCGAAAUAUUCCAGAAAAACGGCUUUGAGCAAUUCUGCAUAAACUUUGUGAACGAGAAGCUGCAGCAGAUCUUCAUCGAGCUGACCCUGAAGGCAGAGCAGGAGGAAUACGUGCAGGAGGGGAUCAAGUGGACCCAGAUCCAAUAUUUCAACAACAAGGUGGUGUGCGACCUGAUAGAGAACAAGCUGAACCCCCCCGGCAUCAUGAGUGUCCUGGACGACGUCUGUGCCACCAUGCACGCCACGGGCGAGGGCGCGGACCAGACCCUGCUGCAGAAGCUGCAGGCGGCCGCCCCACCACAGCAGCACGGCGCUGAGCUCCCCUCCUGCCCCCAGGUCUCCUACGACGUGAACGGCUUCUGCGAGCGCAACCGGGACGUGCUCUUCACCGACUUGAUCGAGCUGAUGCAGAGCAGCGAAUACGGUUUCAUCCGGAUGCUUUUCCCAGAAAAGCUUGAUUCUGACAAAAAGGGGCGACCGACAACUGCGGGCUCCAAAAUCAAGAAACAGGCUAACGACCUGGUGAACACGCUAAUGAAGUGCACGCCACACUACAUCCGCUGCAUCAAGCCCAACGAGACCAAGAAACCCCGGGACUGGGAGGAGAGCAGGGUCAAGCACCAAGUCGAGUACCUGGGGCUGAAGGAGAACAUCCGGGUGCGCCGGGCAGGUUUCGCCUAUCGCCGCCUCUUCCAGAAAUUCCUGCAGCGCUACGCCAUCCUCACCCCCGAGACGUGGCCGUCCUGGCGCGGGGACGCGCGGCAACGGCAAGGGGUGCAGCACUUGUUGCGCUCUGUCAACAUGGACCCAGACCAGUACCAGAUGGGUCGGAGCAAGGUGUUUGUCAAGAACCCCGAAUCACUUUUCCUCCUGGAAGAGAUGCGGGAGCGGAAAUUUGAUGGCUUUGCUCGGGUGAUCCAGAAAGCUUGGCGCCGGCACGUCGCCAUCCGGAAGUAUGAGCAAAUGCGAGAGGAGGCCUCCAACAUCCUCUACAACUUCAAAGAGCGGAGGAGGAACAGCAUCAACAGGAAUUUUGUGGGCGAUUACCUGGGCAUGGAGGAGCGGCCGGAGCUGCGCCAGUUCCUGGCCAAGCGGGAGCGGAUAGACUUCGCCGACUCCAUCACCAAGUACGACCGGAGGUCCAAGCCCAUCAAGCGGGAUUUCAUCCUCACCCCCAAGUGCUUCUACCUGAUCGGGCGGGAGAAGGUGAAGAAGGGGCCGGAGAAGGGGCAGAUCAAGGAGGUGCUCAAGAAGAAGGUGGAGAUCCAGGCGGUGAGCGGCGUCUCGCUGAGCACCAAGCAGGAUGAUUUCUUCAUCCUCCACGAGACCGACGCCGACAAUUUCUUGGAGUCCAUCUUCAAGACGGAGCUGAUCAGCCUCCUGUGCAAACGCUACGAGGAGCUCACCCGCACCAAGCUGCGCCUCUCCUUCAAGGACACACUACAGUUUCGGGUGAAGAAGGAGGGCUGGGGCGGUGGUGGCACCCGCAACGUCACCUUUGUCCGAGGACAGGGCGACGUGGCUGUCCUCAAAGCCGGAGGCAAAACCCUCACCGUCAGCAUCGGGGACGGGCUCCCCAGGAACGCCA